AUGGGUGAAUCAUUGUGUAGCGUGGCCGACCUACUUUCAAUUGAACACGAUUAUCCAUCAUGUUACAUACUCAACGAAGCCUUGAAAGUAUUCGACAAACGUCUUCUACAAAUACAUCGUUCGCCACAGUCAAAUGAUGAUGGGACAGUAUCUUGCAGCAUCAAGACACUAAGUGUUGUCAUCACAAGUGGCUGUGAUGAAUCACAGAAUCAACUUUGGCCCAGUGAACACAUGGAUGAAUCACACAAAAUAAGCAUACUGGAUGGGAAGAUUGAUAUUGAAUCUAAUGAAGUAUGGGGAGCAUUGCACGCCUUGCAGACUGUUACACAACUGGUGCACAGAAGUGAAAGGGGAGCUCUUGUAUUACACGAACAAACUGUUGAGGAUUCACCACAAUACGGUCACAGAGGAUUUCUGCUGGACACUGCCAACCACUACAUCAGUGUUGAUGAGAUGGAGAAAUUCAUUGAUGUUAUGGCUAUUGUUAAAAUGAAUGUACUUCACUGGCAUAUGACAGAUAACACUGCAUUCCCCUAUGACUCAUUCACAUAUCCUGAACUCUCUAGAAAGGGUGCAUAUGAUCCACAAAAGUUAGUUUAUGAAAAUGGGGAUGUUCAACGGUUGUUGCAGUUUGCACGUCAGCGUGGGAUACGUGUGAUCGUGGAAUUCGAUACUCCUGCUCACACAAAGUCAUGGGAAAAAGGUUAUCCAGGAAUACGAACAGAGUGUUAUAAUGACGGUGGGCCGACUGGUCAAACGGGUCCAUUUAAUCCUGCAAAUGAAACCACAUUUGAAUUCCUCGAAGCUUUUUUCAAGGAAGUCACGUCAGUAUUUCCGGAAACGUUUAUCCAUUUAGGUGGGAACGACGUAUUUCCUUCUUGCUGCCGACCAGUUAUGAUUGCUCAAGUGAAAAACAAGCUACGCACUUAUGCCACCUCUAUGUGUAUCUACAAAUUUCGUUGCUCCUGUGGAGAGAGCUAUAUAGGGCGAACAACUAGACAGCUUAACAAACGCGUUAAUGAGCAUGUUCCUUCAUGGUCCGGAAAAGGUCAAAUAAAAUCCAUAAGAAGUUCUAUUUUGGCUCAUUUGAUUGAUAGCGGUCACCGAGUGGACUAAAAUAGUGCCUUCAAAGUUGUCUAUCGCAUUCCAUCAAAGAAACUUUCCAGCCGAAUUCGAACCCGCCUGUUCAACACAUACCUGAAGUCAGAGAAAUUCGAUAGAACAACCCUAGUGUCUUUGCACACAGUAAAAGAAGUUUGUUCUACCUUUGUGUCUCUCCCCUGCUUGCCUAGGUGAAUUCUAUUCAAAAUCCUCCAACCCUUUCUUAUUCUCCAUUCCCUUCGUGCUUCUAUGAUAUUUAACUUAAACUCUGAUUAUUUGUCUACUUCACCUUUAGUAUUACGUAACUUUUAAGAUUUGACCUAAUUUAUUUAUUGAAUUGUCUACAUAUACACAUAUUACUACCCUUAUAUUCUUAUCGCCACCUGCAUAUACCUUAUUGUCAAUAUUUUAUUAUCAUUGCGAUCAUCGUAAUUAACUACAUACAAAACAUUUACCACAUAAUUAUUGUUUGAUCCACAAAAUCACCAGCAUUGGCUAAAAUUUUUUUAUAUAUAAAUUAAUGUGAAUUAGAGUAAAGGCUGAAGAGGAUCUAAUUGAAAAAAUAUUGUUCGCUUAUAUGUCUUGUUCCAGUAUUUCGAUUAAUACACUUUCCAUCAGACAGCCAAAUGGCAUUAAGUUAUUUACCA